AUGGGGUAUGUAGAUGGGUAUAUAUGGAGGACAUGGGGUAUGUAGAUGGGUAUAUAUGGAGGACAUGAGGUAUGUAGAUGGGUAUAUAUGGAGGACAUGAGGGUGUAUUGAUGACGGACAUAGGCCAUAGAUGAAUUAACCUGUUUCUGCAUAUUAGGGUCCGUGUUGUGUGAAUGUACUCCGGAAUCAAUAACUUUCAUAGCAUUCUGUGAUUUCACAUUAUGUGUGGGGAGACAUCUAGUGGACACUUUGUGUAUUUCCUCCAAAUCCUCUCUACAUACAGUCUCUAGACUCAGGACUGUCUUCUAUGAUUGUCCUAUAAAUGUAUUUUAUAAACUUUGUUUUUACAAAAACACUUCAAUGCCUGUGGUGGUAUAAAGCUUAAUACUAUAUUACACACAAUAAAAACCAAAGAAAAAGGUUACCUGCGCUCUCUCCUUAAUCCCUGUGUAUAUUUAAACAAAUGGAGGUCAUUUAGUUGCUCCAAUGGCCAUUGGAAGGAAUUCCCACCUGCCAACGUCAAGGCAGACCCCCCUAGACAGGUCCUACUCUGACCCUUCACCUUGCUUCCCUGAGCUUCUGGCAAAGAUAUCUCCAAUGAGACAGAGAGGGGUAUUUUUUAUAUACAUAUAUAAUAUAUAUACCUUAUAUAAUAUGCAUUCCCUCUAAUGGCCAUUGGAGUAACUAAAUAACCUCCAUUUGUUUAAAUAUACAUAGGGAUUUGGGAAAGAGGGCAGGUCAUUUUUUGUAAUUUUUGUUUUUCCUUUAUGUAUUGGGUGUACUAUGGUUGUUGCUGCCGCCCAGGAGUAGUGGGAGUUGGAGCGCAGGACUUGUUUUUUUGUAUUUAGAUUACACACAAUGUUCAAUUUUUUUCUGUUUCCAUUUUAAAUCAAAAGAAGUUUGUUUUAGGCUCCCUAGCAUUCCGUCUGUGUGUGUAAAUUAUACCUUAUUUAGGCUAGAACUCAACAUAUAAAUUGUCUCUUUUAAUCAUUUCCAGGAAAGUCCACGGUGGCUGCACUCCUGGAGAGGUUUUACGACCCGAACCAGGGAGCGGUUCACCUGGAUGGAGUGGACAUUCGCAGUCUGGACCCAUCGUGGCUGCGAGGAGAAAUCAUUGGGUUCAUUAACCAGGUAGAGGAUAGGGGCCGUAGGUUUAUAUUCUUUGUAAUAAACGCGGGGUGAGCUAUUGUCACUGGGGGUUUCCAGUGUCUUUACAACAACAAACUCUGAGUUGUCAUUUCCGACUUUCACUCCAUUAUCCCCUUUAUUCUUUAUCAUGUUAUCUCUUAUUACUGCUCUAUGUGCAUAGUUAAAGGGUUACUUCUGCUGUUUGAAGUGGUCAUGGUGGUAUUAGUCAGCCUGAAACACUGUACUCCAGAGAUAUUUUUAGUUGUGUGCCAAGUUGCCUAAUAUCAAUUCUGUGCAUAAAUGACAUUACCGUCAGCAUGCACUGCAUGCUGGGGACAGACAGAACUGCCUCUCUCUUGCAGGCUGAGCCUCCCCUCCCUCCCUCGUACACAGAGGGAAUCCCUCCCACCUCCCAAUUCCACUCGCACUUUGUUAUUUAAAAAUCUUCUUUCCUUCGUUUCCCCCUCCCAUUGCGAACUCCGAUCACCUGCAUGUGUUUUGUGCCGCUCAAAUCCUCCAAAGGCUUGUCUAUGAGACAGCUUUGAUUAGACCUCACCCGGCGCUGGAUUAAAGGACCACUAUAGUGCCAGGAAAACAUACUCGUUUUCCUGGCACUAUAGUGCCCUGAGGGUGCCCCCACCCUCAGGGUCCCCCUCCCGCCUGGCUCUGGAAAGGGGAAAAGGGGUAAAACUUACCUUUUUCCAGCGCUGGGCGGGGAGCUCUCCUCUUCCGAUCCUCCUCCGUUCCUCCCCGUCGGCUGAAUGCGCACACGCGGCAAGAGCUGCGCGUGCAUUCAGCCGGUCGCAUGGGAAAGCAUUAUCAAUGCUUUCGUAUGGACGGUUGCGUGCUCUCACUGUGAUUUUCACAGUGAGAAGCACGCAAGCGCCUCUAGCGGCUGUCAAUGAGACAGCCGCUAGAGGCUUUGGGGGAAGGCUUAACCCAUUCAUAAACAUAGCAGUUUCUCUGAAACUGCUAUGUGUAUAAAAAAAAAUGGGUUAACCCUAGCUGGACCUGGAACCCAGACCACUUCAUUAAGCUGAAGUGGUCUGGGUGCCUAGAGUGGUCCUUUAAGGUGAGUAAAACUUCUUAGCAUUUUUAGGGGGGACCAAUAGCAUAAUGGUAAUAGGGCACUUGGUGGAAAAAUCUUGUGCAAUCUGUGCACCGUGUUUUUCAGGAGCCCGUUCUGUUUGGGACGAGCAUCAUGGAGAACAUUCGAUUUGGGCGGCCAGACGCUACGGAUGAAGAAGUCUAUGAAGCCGCUAAACAGGCAAAUGCAGACGGCUUUAUCUGCAGCUUUCCUAAUGGGUACAAGACGACGCUGGGUAGGAAAUGCUCACUUAUCGUCUCUCGUCUUGUUUCUGUCCCCUAAUGUGAUCCAUUUUUUCUCUUUUCCUAUUUUACAUUUGCCAAUGAUUUGUCUUUAUUUGAAAACACUGUUUCCUAAGCAUUGGCAGUUUUUGUUCAUUAAUAUAAUGUGUUUUUUUUGGUUUAGGGGAGCGCGGAGUGACACUUUCAGGGGGACAGAAGCAACGUGUAGCUAUUGCACGCGCUCUUUUAAAGAACCCAAGGAUCCUUAUAUUAGACGAGGCUACGAGCGCUCUCGACUCGGAGUCUGAACACGCCGUGCAGUUGGCGCUGGAUCGGGCCUCCUCAGGCCGCACUGUACUGGUGAUUGCACAUAGACUCAGCACCAUUGCGGAUGCUGAUAUCAUAGUUGUUCUGUCCGAGGGUUGUGUCGUUGAGGUUAGUAACUAUAAAAUGUGGUAG